CUGCAAACAUGGAUGAUCUCAACGACGAUUCGUUUGAUGAUGUCUUGGCUGCCAUGGAAAUGCCCUCGGCUCCAAAGCAAGCCAAAAUACAGACGUCAACAUCAUCUACAAGUGAAAGUGGAAGCAACAGCAGCAGCAGCACCUCCGUUGCAGCCAAGCCGCCUUCAAAUCCGUACAGUGUUUUGGUGCACAGCAAGCAGCGAGGCAAUCCCAUUCUCAAAUCUAUUCUCAAUGUGCCCCUGGAGUUUCGUGAUGAUAUCAUACCCGACUAUGUAGUGGGUCGCACUUCCUGCAUUCUGUUUCUAUCUCUCAAAUAUCACAAUUUGAAUCCGGAUUACAUUUGCCAAAGACUCAAAGCGCUGGGCAAGUUGUAUGAGUUGCGUGUCCUGUUGGUCCAGGUAGACACACCGGAACCACACAAUGCUCUCAAAAGCUUAACACGCAUUUCGCUGCUAGCGGAUCUAACUAUGAUGCUCGCCUGGAACGCCGAAGAAGCGGGUAAAAUAAUCGAAACAUACAAACAGUUCGAGAAGCGUCCACCAGACUUGAUUAUGGAACGUGUCGAAUCUAAUCCACAUCAAAAGCUUGUAGCUGCCUUAACGAACAUUAAGCCAGUGAAUAAAACGGAUGCAGUGACACUGCUGCAAAUCUUUGGUAAUCUGGAGAAUCUGAUCAAUGCCAGCGAAGAGCGGCUUGCCCAAGUGAUGGGCUUGGGUCCACGCAAAGCCAAAAAGCUGUACAAAACGCUGCACGAGCCGUUUCUCAGCAAAUAGGCGGUGUAUGCUGUGUGCAACAGUUAUUUAUUACAAGUGGAAAUUGAUAAAGAAAGCUGAUUCCUUCAGCGAUCACUUAAA